CGGCGGAGGCGGGAGGUGGGCAGCCCACACCCUGCCGAGCGGCUGCGGCUUUCUGCCGCGGCUCCCUGCAGCGUGCCGUGGCGGGCUAGCGGCGCUCCGCGGUUGUGUGCAGUGUGGAGUGACGGGGCAGCGAGCAGGGCGGUGCGCUGCAGCUCGGCGGCCGGGCCGGGAUGUUGGCGCCCGUACGAGCAGGGGAACACGGCCAGCAGUGCUUGGUGCGGGGCGCGCUCAGAGCAGGCCACGCAGGAUCAGCCGCGGGCUUUGUGGUUCAUUGGCGGUUCGAGCAGCCCCGGUCUUGACAUCCAGAACCGCACUAAUUUUGCCCGAGAGGUGCGGCGGCAGGCCUUGAGCAGACGGUUUCUUCCCUGGAGGCUGUAUAAGGGUCUGCCUGGCGCCCGGUGCCGCGCAGAGCAAGGAGGGGCGCGGGACGAGGCACGUCUCGCUGCGGUAGCAGCGAACAGCCGGAGAGGACAGGGCGCUGGGAGCUGUGUCGCGGCUGUGUGAGAGAAGCUAACGCCAGGGCUCCGAGCGGAGCAGGGGGCCAGUGCCUGUGGUCCGUCAACUUCUCCAAGGCGUUUUUAAUGUGUGGGGAGUCCGUGUGCGUGCGGUUGCGAGGCGAGCUGGCGAGGUGGGGGACAUGAGGCUCCAUGCGGGCUGUCAGCCUCUCAUACGCGGUCAUUGCAGUCAAACGCGCUGAGGAAACGCCGUGGUACUGUGGAGCCAGAACUAUGGGACAGCUGAUCGCCAGGAGGAGCCUGCUUUGUUUUCUGCUUUUCUUUGCUGCCUGUCAUGAUUUACAAGGCAGAAACGUGAAAAGCCGCCCCUGAUUCCCACGACACCGAAACGUGAUGGAGAUGCCUCCGAGUGUCAGAGGUUUCUUCUGCUCGGAAGCGCCUUCUUUGCCUGUGGACCUCAUUCAGUCAUUAACCUGUGGCUAUUAGGUAGCAGCCAGGAAGGCAGGAACCUCGCAAUGGGGUACGACAAAAGCUGGAUGCAGAGGAAUGACAGUGAGCAGACCCCGUACCAGGCUGUCGGCAGAGCGCUGGGCAUGAGGAACGCCUCGGCGGGGCACUUGGUGUGGCAGGGCGGGAACGGCAGCGGGGCUGGCGCCGCGCUGGGCGAGGAGCAUGGCGAGGAGCAGACCUACCGGCAAUUCACCACCACCGUGCAGGUCGUCAUCUUCGUAGGCUCGCUGCUGGGUAACAUCACGGUGCUGUGGUCAACUUGCAGGACGUCAUUACUGAAGUCUGUCACAAACAGGUUCAUUAAGAACUUGGCCUGCUCGGGGAUCUGUGCCAGCCUGGUCUGUGUGCCUUUUGACAUUGCUCUUAGUGCCAGCCCACACUGCUGCUGGUGGAUCUACACCAUGCUCUUCUGCAGAAUUGCCAAGUUCCUGCACAAAGUCUUCUGCUCUGUGACCAUUCUCAGUUUUCCAGCCAUUGCUCUUGACAGGUACUACUCGGUUUUAUACCCCUUGGAGAGGAAAAUAUCUGAUGCCAAAUCCCGAGACCUGCUCAUCUAUAUCUGGGCCCAUGCAAUAGUGGCCAGCAUCCCAGUGUUUGCUGUGACAAACGUCUCUGAUAUUUAUGCCAUGUCCACUUGCUCUGACUCCUGGAGCUAUUCCCUUGGGCACUUGAUCUAUGUCAUCAUCUAUAACAUCACCACUGUGAUUGUGCCAGUGGCUGUGGUGUUCCUCUUUACAAUUCUCAUUCGCAGGGCACUGAGUGCCAGCCAGAAGAAGAAAGUCAUCAUUGCUGCCCUGAGGACCCCUCAGAACACCAUCUCCAUCCCCUACGCCUCGCAGCGAGAGGCUGAGCUUCAUGCCAUGCUGCUCUCCAUGGUUGUCAUCUUCAUCUUCUGCAGUGUGCCCUAUGUCACUCUGGUGGUUUACCGCACCGUGCUCAACGUGCCGGACAUCUCGGGCUCCCUGCUGCUCACAGCCAUUUGGCUGCCCAAGGUCUCUCUGCUGGCCAACCCCCUGCUGUUCCUGACUGUGAACAGGUCGGUGCGGAGGUGCCUGGUGGGGGCAGUGCUGCAGCUGCACCGGAGGUACAGCCGGAGGAACGUCGUGGGCUUGGGGGUUGCUGCUGAUGGGACCCUGGAACCCAGCGUCCGCUCAGGGAGCCAGCUGCUGGAGAUGUUCCACAUCGGGCAGCAGCAGAUCUUCAAGCCAACAGAAGAUGAGGAGAACGAGACCAAAUCUCUUGGCUCUGGGGACUUCCAACAGAAAAGAAUUCCUGCCAGCAGUUCCGAGGUCGGAGAGACUUUGGUUCACAGGUUCAUGGCACAGACGGUUUCAGACUCUGCUGCUCAGGUGGCACCAGCUUCACCCAUGGAUGCUGAUGCAGUACAUGACAAAUACUGCAUGCAGUUUGGAUUUGGACCCUUUGAGCUACCCCCACAGUGGCUUUCAGAAAACAGAAACAGUAAGAAGCGAUUAUUGCCUCCUCUGGGGAACACCCCUGAGGAGCUGAUCCAGACAACACAGCCCAGGUGUAAAGCAGAAAGGAAAAUCAGCAGAAACAAUAAAGUCAGCAUCUUUCCCAAAGUGGACUCUUAGUGAGAGCAGGAGAUGGCAGUGACAGAGGAAGGUCACCUCCUGUUCUCUCUGUGAUCCCAUGGAUCUCUGCUGUGCUGAUAUUUGUUCCAGGCUGAUUGGUUUUGGUGCCAAAUAGAGCUGAAACAAAGAGAAGGGAAUGGUGACUACAAGUGGUCCUUAUUGCUGUGUGCAGCAGAUGGUGGUGGUUCUGAUUUCCUGGGAAAGCCCUGCAGUGGUACCUGCCUGACUAGGCUUCCCAAAGUUCCUCUGGCUUUGAGCACACUUUGUAUGGCUUAAGGCUGGAACUGCAGCAGUCAGCUUGCUGGAAUCCUCAAGUGGCCUGGCUGUCAAAGUCCCUGGACAGGAAAGGCUGGAGGGAGCAGAAGCCAGAUGCAGAGCGGGUAAGCUGUAAGCAGACACAGCAAGGUUCUGCACAGCCCUGGGGGAAGGAAGGUGACUAUUACAUCUGUUUUCAGAUGAGCCCUUUUCUUAGUUCAGUUCAAAGUGACACUUCCUGGACUUCUGGCUUAAAUGAGUUCCCAGUAUCUGCCAAACAACUACAUUUUUAAACAACCAAACCCAGUAUUUGGCUUAAAACUUCAGCAGAGCCAGAGGUACCCAAACCAUUGUGUGCCAAACCUGAGAGAGCCUUUCUGAAUACCCCACAACCAGAUAUUCCUGUAGUUUUAACUGCAGACUGGAUUGGAACCCACACAGGACUGAUCCUGACUCCAGAUAACAAGGAUGUAUGUGACAAGGGCAUGAGCAGAACACUGGUCCUAUGCUAAAGGACACAUGCAGAGGUUCCAGCAGGGUGAGGUGUGUAUUGUGUAUGUAACCAAAGAGUAAACCUUAAGGCAGACUCAUCUGUUGCAGCACUCUGUUGCUUUCUUGUGGAGAGCUGGCAAGUGACAGAAGUGGAGCAGAAAUGCUGGCAGCCUUGUAUGGGGCUGCUGAGUGAGGAGGCUGGUGACAGAGCCCAGCAAGCAAGGUUUGUUCAUGCCCUCACUCACUGCUGUCAGGGGUAGGGAAGUUCUGCCUUCAAAGAUGCAGACGCCAACCAUCCUGCUGCCCUUUUCUCAAAGAGCAAACAUGAGGCUGUCAAAUCUGGUGCCUAGUUGCUGAGUGCCUGAGUCAGGGCACCCCUGGUGUCACCACACCAGCCCCUCUGCAAGAGCUGAGGUAUUGUGCUUCAGCUUGCCCCCACAUCACUACAGCCAUUCUGUCUGGUUCACACUGUGAGUUUUAGGUCAGUCUCCUGGAUGAGCUGAAACUGUUGUGACCCUUCCAUUUGAAUCCUUGCUCAGCUGCAAGUGGUCUUUCCUUCUUCCUUAUCUGCAGUCACUGUUGUCUCUGUGGGUAGUUGGAAAGCACAACCCAGUAAUGCCUGUGUAGCCCCUGUGGUUCUCCUGUACUUCAGCUCUUUGGUGCACAUUGAACCUUUCUUCUCUCCUUGCUGCUGGUUUAUGAAAGUAGUUUUCUUUAAAGCAGACUUUCAGAAGGACAAAGUGAAGAAUCUUGCCCAGUUCGUAGUAACUUAAAUCCUUGUUAAUGUUCCAAGGGAGAAGAACUUUUCAGAAGCAGAAUUAGGAGAUUUUCUUUCUUUGGUAUGCUGAAAAAAGCAGCUUCCAGUGGCUUCAAGGUGGUGGGUUUCUACAAGGCAUUGAAAGCAGAUGUUUUAAUAAAGAAGUUUAUACA